AGUGAGAGUCCGGCGUGUAGUUUAGCUCCUUUCUUUUAAAGCAAGAGCAUCGACGUCAACAGUUCUUGCACAUAAAAUAUCACCCUGCGUUCUUCUUCCUCCCCUCUCAAUCGAUAGGAAACUGGCAACUUGCUUGGCGCUUCAAUAGCCACUUUUGCUGUUGAAAACUAUGAAGCCUUAGAAUUGCAUCUGGCACUCAGAAUUACUGUCUUGUUCUUCGUUGAAGAAGUUACUUGUACGUCCAAUCUAUUUCAGAAGAAAGAGAAACAAGACAAAAUGGCAGCCGAAAAGCGCAACAAUGGCCUAUCGUGCGUGCAAAUCCUCCCCCGCGUGCAAAACUACGGGUGGGGAAAGAAAGGGAGUGCCAGUAUGGUCGCGAAGAUGGCAGUAAACCCGAAUGAGGUUGACGAGUCCAAGCGGUACGCGGAGAUGUGGAUGGGUACGCACGAGAAAGCGCCAUGUUUGCUGGUGGCAGGAGCGGGCGAGGGGGGGAACAAUUAUGACAUGGUGAACAAAUUGAACAAGGAUCACGAAACCAAAAAAGUAUCAAAAGACGGCACGGCCUCCAGAAGUCCACAAGCAGAACCAGUUUCCCUUCUCGACUUUAUCCGGCGUGACCCGGUUUAUUGGCUCGGCGCGAACCCCACCCCGGCCGUGGCGGAAAACGACCUUCCGUACCUGUUCAAGGUGCUUUCGUUCAACCAAGCCAGCAGCAUCCAAGUGCACCCAGACCGCACGUUGGCGAAGAAAUUGCACGCCGAGCAGCCGAGUGUGUACGAUGCGAACCACAAACCGGAAAUUGGGAUCCCGAUUUCCGAGGAGUUCGAGUGUCUGUGCGGAUUCCGUCCGAGGAAGGAGAUCUUGGGUUUCAUCGAGUCGAUUCCGGAGUUGCUGACCGUGAUGAAGUCGAACGGGUAUAAAAACUGUAAUCACGACGUCGACACUUGUUCUGGUGCGGACGAUCGGGCAAAGGAAAAAACUUCUACUGUCGAAAGCCUCUACAAGAUUCUGAUGACAGCGGACCCCGACCUCGUGAAUGAGGAGGUCGAAAAACUUGUCGCCAGUGUACUAGUGCUAGAAGAAGACCACAAUAGCAGCCAGGGAAAGACAAAGAUUCCAGAAGAGCUACAACCCGUGGUGAAAAAUCUCGCGGAAUUUUAUCCGGGGGACGUGGGCAUUUUCUCGGUUUUUUUCCUCAACUACGUGAAAAUCACGAACAAUGCCGUGGGGAAAAACUUUGUGUUCUGUGCCGCGAACGUACCGCACACGUACCUUUCCGGGGAUGUCAUCGAGUGCAUGAGCUUAUCAGACAACGUGGUGCGGGCGGGGCUAACGCCGAAGUUCAAAGAUGUGCCGUUGCUGUUAUCCAUGUGCGACUUCAGGGAUGACAUACUACCGGAACUGAUCAAACCGGCGGAAAAAGUGGCGGAAAACCUGUAUCUCUACAGCCCGCCAGAAGAAAUCCGAGACUUCAAAGUAUUUUUGUCGUAAACGGAAGUUUUUUUAUUUUUUCUUGAUUGCGUUUUGGUGGAUCUGGAUCUGGAUCUGGAUGCAUUUGCAUUUUUUUCUCGUUCUUUAUUUUCACAGCAGCUUUAUGUCGACCAAGUCUAACUCACUGUAACUUCUGCAACAGGUGUUUGAAGUGACCGGAAAUGCCAGGCAGACGUUGCCGCAAGCCUCUAUCGUGUUAAUUCUCUCCGACGUCUGCUGUUUGCAAAUCGACGGCUCUGCCCCCUUUGUCGCCAAGAAGAAUACAAUUUGGUUUGUGAAAGCGGGUGCGGAUAUUGUUUACUCUGUGCCGGAAGAUGUUGAAGGUGGGAGUACGGCUAAACAUGAUAUCCGGUGUUUUGUAGCAACGUCUUGAAGCUGCAGAAGUUCGUGCUUCACAAAAAUUUGUAUUUGUACUGAGGAGCAAGAGCAGCAAUUAUGAGCAGGAUAAUGUCAAGAUGAACUACGUUUGCGUAAUGGUUUAUUGUCGCAUUUUCAAUCAUGAAAGCAAAGCGAAAAGGAAAACGCAAGCGCGGCAAGCGCACUGCGGUAGGAGGAUUUGUAGUAGCCACUGUACUGAGAGCGCAAUCGCAAGAAUAAGUUCCACUUGUGUUUGGUUUGAUGGCUGUAUGCCGUGUCUGUGUCGUCAUGAAAGACUUGAUUACUUAAACAAGAACAUACGGAAUGGCAUUUGCAUUACGCUAUCGAGUGGAGGUUGCCUUUCACUUUGUAGAUUUUCGCUUUUUAUUGAGUCAUCCACGACCUUUUUUACCAGGCAUACCAAAAUUUUUCAAGAACAGUCGGGCACAAAAAGCAUGAUGAAUGAACAGGAAAACAGAAAAGCAAUUACAGACAAAGGCAGGAGUUGUAGAAAGAACCUGCGACCACCAGUGAUAGACGCUCUUAGUUUUGCUCCUGC